CGGAUGGCGAACACGGGAGGGCGCGGGCUACGGCCGCGGCGACGCGCACGGACAGCAUCUUUGCAGCUCCUCGAAGUUGCUCUGCAGCCGCAGCCUCGGACUGACUGGGACAAAAUGGCUGAGCGGCGAGGAAGGUCAAGGCAGCCAGCCCACCUGACCCGGAAGUACCGCCCCUCGCUUUCACCUUCCGGAUGCAAAUCUGCCUUUUGCGAGGUGGGGGUGAUUACUUGGUGUUUUUUUUUAGGUAUUAUUUUUGGAUGUGAAUUUCAAAAGGAAUGAUUAGACCUUUCUUUGCCAGCGUCCGCGCGGGCAUUGCUGACACAUUUACUAUGGUCUUUCCAGUUGACCUUGUGACUGCCCGGGGCGACCACGUGGGUAGCGGAACCAGUGGUGAAGCGGUUCCCUGGCCAGAUUCCGGAAACAGGUGGUGCUGACACCCCGUCCGAGGGCGCGGCGGGCAGGUUGACCGUGAGGCGGGUUGGAGGUGUCAGGUCUGAGGCUGUCGCUACGAAACCGUUUUCUGCAGAAAGAGAUUAUACCAUGGGGGGCGGGGGGCGAGGCGAGGUGGCCAGCAGCCUGGAGUCCUGGUGAAAACUACAACUCCCAGAAGUCCCGGGCCCUAAGGGGCCGGACCUACGGCGUGUGGGCGGGGCCUUCAGAACGAGCCCGGCAAUUCUUCCGAGAGGAUCUGCUCCAGAAGUGGCGGGAGCGGCAGUUAUGGAAGCGUCCGAGGAGAAAGAGGCGCAGGUUGCUGCGUGGUUGAAAAAGAUAUUUGGAGAUCAUCCUAUUCCACAGUAUGAGGUCAAUGCCCGUACCACAGAGAUUUUACAUCACCUUUCAGAACGCAACAGGGUCCGGGACAGGGAUGGCCACCUGGUAGUAGAGGACUUGAAGCAGAAAGCAAGUGAAUAUGAAUCAGAAGGUGAGAUUAAUUGCAGAGUUUUUGAAUAUUCUUUUUUUUUUUUUAGUUUUCUCUCUGCGGUGAAUGAUUUGACCUCUGAUCUUUUUAGUGCCAAAUCCAAAAAUGAAGAACUCAAGCUUGAAUUGGCAAAACUUGAAAAAAAAUUAACUGCAAGUUUAGUAUUAGAAAAAUGUCUACGAGACGAUCUCAAGAAGUCAGAGUUGCAGCUGUCUACAGAAAGGGCCAAAGUUAACAGUCGCCUUCAGAACAUGGACUUCCUAAAAGCAAAGUCAGAAGAAUCCAGAUUUGGAAUCAGAGCUUUAGAGGUAUGUAUAUUUAAUUGUGAAUAUCUCUGUUACUCUGUGUCCCUGUUUGUUUGUUCUUUUCAUCCCCAGAAACUGGCAGAACUAAAACAACAGACUAUACCUUUGAAGAAAAAAUUGGAGUCCUAUUUAGAUUUAAUGCCGGAUCCAUCUCUUGCUCAGGUGAAAAUUGAAGAAGCAAAGCGAGAAUUAGUAAGUUCCAUUUUUUUCUUCAGCUUUUAAAAAAGAAAUAAAAUAAAUGCUGAUAAG